AUGGUUUUCUUAGCAUCCCAAUUUGAGCUGGCGCAACCGCCCAGCGACGCCAUCUCCUCGCUCGCGUAUGCGCCCGAUUCUCCUACGAGACUCCUGGUGUCCUGCUGGGACAAGAAGAUCUACCUCUACGACACACAUAGCGGAGGCGAAGAUGCGCCAGGAACCCUCCUCCAGACGAUCGAGUUCCGCGCCCCUGUACUCGAUGUUACCUUCGGCGCGACAGAUAAUGAGGCCUACACGGCUUGCUUAGACCACUGCGUCUACAGGGUCAAUCUGGAAUCAGGAGAGAAGCAAGUAGUAUCUCAACACACCGCGCCUGCGCGUUGCGUGGUCUAUAGUCUAGAGCACUCCCUCCUCAUCUCCGCCUCCUGGGACCAAACCCUCCAAAUUCACAACGCAAAGUCGCCUUCCGACGACAACAUCACUGUUCAGCUGCCCGGAAAGCCUCACGCUCUGGCCGCGAGUCCCUCAAAGGUUGUCGUUGCCAUGACCGCUCGCCUUGUCAACAUCUACGACCUGAGCAACAUCCCGUCUCUCUUCUCCCAGUCAGGCCCCCAUGACAUCAAGCCCUGGCAACAGCGCGAGUCUUCCCUCAAGUUCCUCACUCGCGCCGUUUCCUGCAUGCCCAACGACGCCGGCUACGCCACCAGCAGUAUCGAGGGCCGUGUCGCCGUCGAAUGGUUCGAGGAUUCUGCCGAGUCUCAGGCCCGCAAAUACGCUUUCAAGUGCCAUCGCCAGGCUGCUCCGGACGGCGAGGGGGAUAUCGUCUAUCCGGUCAAUGCCAUGGCUUUCCACCCUGUUUACGGCACGUUCGCUUCGGGCGGUGGUGAUGGAACCGUCGCGCUAUGGGACGCCGAAGCCAAGCGCAGGAUGAAGCAGUAUCAGAAGUUCCCCGAUAGCGUUGCAGCAUUGGCCUUCUCCAAGGACGGCAAGUACCUUGCCAUUGGUGUCUGCCCGGGAUUCGAGACGGGCAUGGAGGACUAUAGUGCCGAGGGCAAGGCAAGUGUUUUCAUCCGUGAGCUUGGCGACACAGAAGCCAAGGGCAAGGGCGCAAAAUAA